AAAGAAGAGCUUCGCGGGAAUCAGUCUUCAUUCCAGAUGUGCAGCACCAUGAGGGCCCUGGUGCCUCUGUUGUCCCUGUUCCUGCUGGGUGGCCAGGCCCAGCAUGGGUCUAACUGGACCUACUCAGAAGGAGCACUGGACGAAGCGCACUGGCCACAGCACUACCCCGCCUGUGGGGGCCAGAGACAGUCGCCCAUCAACCUGCAGAGGACGAAGGUGCGGUACAACCCCGCCUUGAAGGGGCUCGAGCUGACGGGCUAUGAGACCCAGGAGGGCGAGUUCCCCAUGGUCAACAACGGCCACACAGUGCAGAUCAGCCUGCCCUCCACCAUGCGCAUGACAGCAGCCGACGGCACUGUGUACAUAGCCCAGCAGAUGCACUUUCACUGGGGAGGAGCAUCCUCGAAGAUCAGGGGCUCUGAGCACACCGUGGACGGGAUCAGACAUGUGAUCGAGAUUCACGUUGUUCACUACAAUUCUAAAUACAAGAGCUAUGAGAUAGCCCAAGAUGCACCCGAUGGUUUGGCUGUACUGGCAGCCUUCGCUGAGGUGAAGGAUUACCCUGAAAACACUUACUACAGCAGCUUCAUUUCUCAUCUGGCCAACAUCAAGUACCCAGGACAAAGAACAACCCUGACUGGCCUUGACAUUCAGGACAUGCUGCCCAAGAACCUCCAGCACUACUACAGCUACCACGGCUCACUCACCACGCCUCCCUGUACUGAGAACGUCCACUGGUUUGUGCUGGCGGAUUUUGUCAAGCUCUCCAGGACACAGGUUUGGAAGCUGGAGAAUUCCUUACUGGAUCACCACAACAAGACCAUCCAAAACGAUUACCGCAGGACCCAGCCUCUGAACCACAGAGUGGUGGAAUCCAACUUCCCGAAUCAGGAAUAUACUCUAGGCUCCGAAUUCCAGUUUUACCUACGUAAGAUUGAGGAAAUUAUUGAGUACUUAAGAAGAGCAUUAAACUGAGGAAAGCUAAGAGGAAUAUUCAAUAUUAACUAGCUUGAAGUCUGACCUAACCAGAAGAGGCACCUGUCCCCUGCAGCCACACCCUGCCCUGUCUAAGAAACCAUGUGUGUCUGGAACAGGCUGCUCCCCCUGGGGCAGCUGUUGAGCUUCUGAUUAAAAGAGGGGAAACUGUCAUCCUGGACAGGAAGUGAGAUGCUAUCAUCCUGGACAGGAAGUGAGAUGCUAUCAUCCUGGACAGGAAGUGAGGUGGCUUCAGUUCACGAGAAGGGAUCUGAGUUAGACAUCACCAGUGGAAAUUGAUUGGAAUAGAGAUUUAAAGGAAAUAGAACCCUAACUAUUCUCCCAUCAAAUCAUAUAUGUUGACCUGUCUAAAUUAUAAACCAGCCUGACCUUUCCU